CGUAGUGACGUUGGAUAUGGGGUGAUAGCAUUGCUGCCCGCGACGAUAAGUCCUUAUCUGCUUAUACUAAUUUCAUUUCGUGGAUGUUUGGUAGCACGGUAGACUUACCUGCUUGUAGCACUCAGCCAUGAGCAUUUCCUUCGCGGUUUGACCUUAUCAGCUCCGUCAAGUCUUCCAUCAAGACCUAGUGACAUUACUACUAUACUCGUUGGUCCAUUGAAUGGCAGGGACGAUGACUAAUCUGAUCACGGCUGCUGCCUUUCCCAACCGGGACGGAUCGAUCCGAUGGAUCUCCCUUUUCCAAACAAGCAACGCAACCUGAUCAACAGCGAUGUUAGAUUUCCUACUGUGCCUCGCAAUCGCACCAUGUUUCAGUGCUCCCAGUGCGACAAAUAUUACCGAAGAAAGAGCCACCUGCUCCGGCACGAGGCGACACAUACUGGUUCUACCCCUUCAGUAUGCCCGAUAUGCAAUAAGUCAUUUCAGAAGCAAGAGGUUGCGCGAAGACAUAGUAAGGUAUGCGCAAGAAAGUACAACCGACCUCUACCGCCACCAUCCAAGCCGGGCCGGAAGAAACGCUCCUGUGAUGAGUGUACCUACGCCAAAUCAGCUUGCGACUCACAGACUCCAUGUUCUCGUUGUAGAUCACUGGGUCGAGAGUGUUCUUUCGGAAGCGUGGCGUCUUCGCCCACAGAAACUCCCUGCUUGACACCUGCCCCACAUUCACCAGGACCCUUGCAACAGUCACUAGCAAGCAAGAGGCCAUUUUUCUUUCUGUCUCAUUUCACCGACCCAGCCGUGGUCAAUGACAAGCUUGCAAUCGCCGAAACAGCAAGAUGCUCCACUAAAAGGAAUUUGGAUGUUCUCAACCUCAAUCUCGAAGACGCACUAAGCCCUUUUUACGCUAUGCAAUCGUUCAUGAACGACCCGGCAGUUGUGGAUAUGUUCUUCCAGCCUCCGUCCAUAGCAAGCCAGUACCCUGGCCCUAACCUUGCGUCUGAGUACGCCUGGUCUACGGGACUUGCGAAACAACUGAAUGACCUGAUGGUAGAGCUAGUGACAACAUCAAACUCAAUGGUUCCCAAAUGUGAGGCCCAGAGCAGGCAGCUUGAUAUAUCCGACUUGACUCCACUCUUUACGGCUUCCAAUCUAUCAACUUUCAUCUCUGCUUACUUUCAGUCUCUUCACUGGCACCUGCCCAUUGUACAUUUUCCUACAUUUGACCCGGGGAAUGUGUCAAAUUCUCUUCUCAUAUCAAUAUUUCUUGCUGGGGCGACAUAUUCGACUUCUCAAGAUGGGGCUAUACUGCCAUCUGGACUCAUCGAUGUUGCUGAGGAGUAUAUAUUUCGGCGUUUGGCAACUCUGUCGACAGCAUCCAUCCAUACCAGCCAGCCUAUGCAGCUGGGCUCCGAACUAGAAACUGUGCAGGCAGCUUUGAUUAUAGAGAUGCUGCAGUUUGGACAAGGGGAUAUGCAGACAAGACGACGCAUUCGGAUUGCAAGGCACCCGUGUGUGAUCUCCACAAUACGAUCAGUGGACAUUUUCAAAUCUAAGCGGAGUAUAUUUUCCCAACCCUGCGAUGAGCCCACCUGGAGAAAGCUCGUCGCGGAUGAGGUCCUUGUACGGGUCGCCUGUUGGGCCUUCCUAGCGGAUGGCUUCCUCACAGUCUGUUUCAAUAACCAUCCUGCAAUGUCCAUCUUCGAAAUGGAUUGUGACUUCCCUUGGGAUUCUAAACUAUUCGAGGCUGAAAGUACAUCCGUGUUCAAUGAGCUAGUGGCCUCAGCCAGCACCACGCGGUCGCCGCUUCCCACUUUAAGACAGUUCAUUGCCCGUUUGAUCGAUACAGAUAUUGAUGAAUUGAUCACAUGGAGCCAGUCGCUUGCAGCAGAGCAUCUUCUGAUGCUGAUGUACGCGAUGCACUCUUUAGCCUUUCAGGCGAGGACUGGCUUACUUGGGUGGAUAUCACCAAGCGCUAUCAGGCUGGCUGCUGAUAAUUGGAGAAGAAUUUGGAAUUCAACGGGAAAAAUCAUCGACAAGGAGAAGACCCAGAGCCUAGGUUAUCCCAAACAUGCAGAAGAACUUUGGUGGCUGCUAAAUGCUACGCUCGACUAUACUGGCGGUCGUGACAAGAGUCCUCGCUACCUAGACACCACAGCUACUGACGACUUGGGCAAGCUGAACGAGUUUAUACAGAAUGUUGCGACGGACGAAAGAACACCGUGAGCGAUGUCCAUAUUAAUAUUUACUCAUAUUAUACAUCUAUGUACAGCAUACAAGAGCCACGGAUUAUACCAGUUGACGUCGUGAUACCAAGUCAGUCAGCCCUUCCGGACCAUUCAUCCGAAACCACCUUCCUACUCGUUCUUAUGCUUCAGCUCGUCUCCCUUGGCUU